CUCGCGUUCUUGAGACACACGACGCUGACAAUAAUAAAUGAUGUGGAAAUUAAUAGCAAUAUCUAUUCGUUGUUUCGUUUGACAACGGACAGACGCACGUGCCUUUGAGGGGAAAGAGAUAUAUAAGAAGUAGACUACCAGAGGACCAGUUGUCACAUAGUUCGAGAUCUUGGGGACUAGUUGUCACAUUGUUGUAGUUGUUACAUUGUUCGACAACUGUUGGACUAAAAAAGAGAAGAUAUUUCAGUAUGGAUUCAUUGCUUUGCCUUUUCGUUCAUCUGGCUCUACUGAGCACGAGUUUCGGUUCACAGAUAACUUUUUACGGCGAAACAGGGGAAACUCAACAGUGUCCAUUAGAUAAGCCGUGUGCUAUACUGGUUCAGGAAUACAAUCGAAACGGCACCAUGAAACAAGAAUACUGGACGGACCUGUGUACAUGUGGGGAUGGCGCGAUGUGCUCUGUGGACUGGGGUGUGGACCCGGACAAAACCAUCAGACAGUACCUGAAGACUAAUAUUCGAGACAUGGUACUGGAAAUGAAGUUCUGCCGCCGAGUGCAGCCCCUUGCGGUGUGCAGCCCCAACCAGAUGGCGCUCAGUCUGAAAGGGUACUCCCUCAUCCCGCGUCAACUCAACAGCAUCAACUGCCGUUGCCCGGGAAACGCCCCGCUACACCUCCAGAAAGUCUGGUACGAGAGGUACAUGGAACGACACCAGAACUUUGUCUGCAGCAUACCCACAUGUGACGUUCCAACCGUCAACCACAGGGUGCCGUGCUUGCUGGCCUUUGAGCAGCUGAACCCGAGACACCACGAGACGACCUUCGUGUGCGAGUGUCCGGAGCCAUUCCGGUGUAUUCUUCCGCCAAGCUCAACUCGGAAUGAGAUCACGCCAGGCUUCUGUCAACGGGUUUCGUAUUGAUUCUGCACGUGCACACAUAAGCACAUAGUGCACGGACUUAAUUAAUCGGAAAAGACAAAACAAUGCGUCCAGACAACUCGAAUCAAAGUAGAAUGCUGCGGACAUUUUAAAGUAGACAUAACAAUGCAAUGUGCUACCUAUCGACUACGUGGAUAUGGUUAAGAAUAUUGAUGAUAUAUACGUAUUUGAUGUUUUAUGUGUUGUUUGUGUGCAGUAUUAAAUCUCAGGCUCGUGGUUUUCGUGAGGUUAUUUCAAAUAGGGAGUGCGGGGGAUGGGGCGGGGAUCAUUCAGUAAAUAUGAAUUUCCUUGAACAACCCAAAAAAUUAAUAAUAAUAAUAAUAAUAAAAGUUGACAUUUAAGUCGAUUUCCUCGCAAGGGUUCUGGCUAGUGGUUGACUUCUUACUCUUAUUUAAUGAGAGCAUUCUCAUCAGAAAUAAAAUUAUUGUUUUUAGGACAGCCUUAAAGGCGACGCCACACAAUACGACUGUUCGAUCGUAAUGUUUGUGACUUUGUCUUGUCACAAUCGACUAUUGUCGUGGCUGUUCUCGAACGAGGCACCCAAAUCGUGUGGCGUUGCCUUAACAUACUAGUAUUAAAUAAUACAAUUAGCUGGCAAGAGGGAUUAUGUUUGUUUAAAAAAUUAUGUAAUGCUAGGCUCACACUAUCACCUGUCACGAUGGAGUUGGCCAACUCGACAGUUGCGUUGUACUUUUUCUCACUCACGACGGAUGCGCUCAUAUUAAGAACUAACCUGUCUUGGACUCAUCCACUGGGGAAUCUCGGAGAAUGUGCCCAAGACAGUAGUGCUUGAACCUUCAGUGGAUGUCAGCACGAGUCAAAUGACUGAUUGAUUCAUAACAACUAAUCGGUUGUAGAAGUUGUAUACAACAGAAUCGAUUUGUAAGAGUGUUCUGACUAGCAACUGAACAGUCGUAGAAGUUUUACGAUCAGCGCGUUGGCCUAGUCCAUCGUGACAGUUGGUAAUCUGAGCCUAGCAUUAAUUACUUGUAGAAUUAGUGUUUUACAGAAAACGCACCCUUUAUACCUUUAUUAUUUAUUUGUUUCUUUCUUCUUCUUUCUUUUUUUCUUUUUUUGAGUUUUGUUUUUAUCACAUAUUCAGAUAUAACAUGCAUUAAAUAUACCAGUAUAUAUCAUC